AAGAAGCGACAACGCAGCAACUUGCCGAAGCCUGUCACGGCCAUCCUAAAGACUUGGUUGACGGAACACAAGGAGCAUCCUUAUCCGAACGAAGACGAAAAGAUUGCGCUUGUCAAGAAAACCGGUUUGGCACGGAAUCAGAUUUCCAACUGGUUUAUCAAUGCAAGACGGCGGAUUCUGAGGCCCAUGCUGGCG